UCGCAUUUGCUCUUCGUGUUCUAAUGCACCGCCCUACAUAUGGCGACAGCAUCCCGAAUAGUGAGCGCGGGGCCUAUCCUAUCCUUCGGACUACGGACUCGGUGACGGGUUGCCUGAGGCUAUGCCCUGUUGCGGCGCAGCGUCACAAAACCCAUGUUCCUCCCGCCUGUCAGUUUCAAACCACACCCUCCACUGCCCUUUUGCCUUCUCUUGUAUCCAAUAUGGCUCUGCUCCUCGCUCCACGCCGAUCCGCAGCAGAGCAACCGGCUUUAUUGCGUCUGCCCCUUUGUAUUCGGACCCGCAUCUACACCUACAUCAUCCAGAAAGACCUCAAAUCACCUUUGGAGUCCUUUCCUCUAGCUUUCGUAUGCCGCCAGAUACAAGCCGAAUUUGUCGCAGCAUAUGAAUACCGGGUGAACGCACGUUUCCGAUGCUGCCUGGGACGAACGGCGCAAGACCCUGAGACAACCAGGCUGUAUGCGUGGAAUUACCAUACCUCGCCAUGGAGCAGUGCUAUCGAACUUACGCCUAGUUUUGCGGCCAAGCUAAAGGCAUGCAAAGUCCGUUGCACCAUCGAAGAGCUGGGCGACUGGGAACGAAGAUCCGAGCCUGGAACCGAAUGCUUCAAGGACUGUAUCCGCAUUCUAGUCCGCACGUUCAAGACAUCUCAGCACUUGCACGAGCUGCGCGUUUCCUUCGAUCACUUCAUUCUUUCUGGGAAGAAAGGAUUGCUGGAAGCGGACGAAGUUUGGGACAGACUGAAGGGCAUGUGUGAGAUGCCAGCGCUCAAAGAGAUCGAGUUCGAGACGCCCGGCUUGGGUGAAGACUUUCGGUGGAGGAAGGAGAGGAGCGCGAAGAAGGGGAAGGGGAGGGAGGAAUGGGUCAGAAUCGUUGAAGAGAGUGGAAAUGCGAAUGUGCAAGUUGGUGCGAGAGCUCCGAAAGGAUAUGGCUUGCGGAGAGGAAUCACAUGAAAAGGAACAGAGAAUCUAUCUCAUGCUUGGCCGGCACAUCUUAUCAAGGCAUCCCAAGAUGCCGACGAAUCGUUCUCUAAAGAGCUAGUAUUCGACCUGUGGUAUUGGUUCCCGCUGCCUCCCAAAAGCCGCUUCGAAGCACCUGGUAAAUCUGCAGAGCACCUUCUAUGACCCUGAAUACGAGCUUCAAAAACUGCGGCGAUUUGUGCAACCCAUCCUUGAAUAACCUGUGCUGACGCGACUGCUAUUAGCAAGAUCUAGCCCCCGUUCGAGAUGCGGAGCACACAAUACCAUCAUCUUGGUGUCCACGACAUGAUCAACAACCAAGGAGUGCAUUCACAUCAUCUACGCGAGCAAUCAGCCUGACCACACAAUAAAAACGCCUUGAUCAUCGCUUUGGAACACGAAGCAGUUACACGAUCACAAGAUAGUCGGUCAUUCGACUGCGCCUCCUCUUGGCUACCGA